GCUCCGCCGGGCACACGCCCCUGGUCUGCCAGGCCACUGCGCCGGUGCCACCCGCAUCUCGCCCCUGCCCUCUGAAAAGAGCUGGCCCCAGGACCACGGGCCAGGGGGCUGGGGUCAUUCAGAGGGGGGAGAAAGGAGUUUUUCUUUUCUGACGUGAUCGCCCGACCCCCGCCCAGGUGCCUCUGGCCCGCAAGAGCGCCCACCCACGCCCCCUGAGGCCAGACCUGGACUCCGGAGGUGGAAGCAGGCGGCAGUUGCACCAUGUCUAUGAGCAGCAGCGAGACAGGAGCCUCCCUGACCCAGGAGAUCCUCAGCCACUUGGGCCUUGCUGGCAAGACGGCAGCUUGGGGGACCCUGGGCACCCUCAGGACCUUCCUGAGCUUCAGCGUGGACAAGGACGUGCAGCGGCUGCUGAAAGCCAUCGCAGGCCAAGGUGUGGACCACAUCGCCAUCCUGGACGUGCUGACCAACAGGAGCAGAGAGCAAAGGCAGCUCAUCUCUAGAAACUUCCAGGAGCGCACCCAGCAGGACCUGCUGCCAUCGCUGCGGGCUGCGCUCUCCGGCCCCCUGGAGCACCUGGUGGUGGCCCUGCUGCAGCCCGCCGCCCAGUUCGAUGCCCAGGAGCUGCGGAGGAGCUUGAAGGACUCGGGGUCCGCGGAGGACGUGGCCGUGGAGAUCCUGGCCACCCGCAGCCCCCCGCAGCUGCAGGAGUGCCUGGCGGCCUACAGACACGAUUUCCAGGUGGACGCUGAGGAGGACAUCAAAUCCGAGACCAGCGGCGCCUUGCGGGACCUGCUGCUGGCGCUGGCCAAGGGCGGGCGCGAGAGCUUCUCUGGAGUCAUCGACUACAACCUGGCAGAACAGGAUGUCCAGGCACUGGUGCAGGCCGGGGGAGCCGGCCCCGAGGGCGCGUGGGUCUCGAUCCUGACGCAGCGGAACCAGGAGCACCUCCAGCGCGUGCUCCGCGGGUACCGGCAGCGCACGGGCCACGAGCUGGAGACCAGCGUCCACGGAGGCGCCCAGGCGGCCCUGCUCAGCCUAGCCGCGGCGGUCAGGAACACGGCGCUCUACUUUGCCGAGAAGCUGCACCACGCCCUGCAGGAAACCGAGCCCAAUUACCAGGUCCUGGCGCGGAUCCUUGUCUCUCGGAGUGAGACUGACCUUCUGAGCAUCCGUGCCGAGUUCAGAAAGAAAUUUGGGAAGUCCCUCUACUCUUCUCUGCAGGAGGCCGUGAAAGGGGACUGCCGCUUCCCCCUCCUCGCUCUGUGCAGGGCUGAAGACCUUUGAGACCUCCCUGUCCCCGCGCCCAGAUGACACGCAAGGACGCGGGGUUGUCUUCCGGGCCUCAGGCCAGCCGGGCUUGCCACAGGACGGCCUCCGCGGAGCGAGGCUGGGACACGCUCCCUUUAAGCCCAUUCCCCUCGUCUCAGUCCUGCCUGCACCUGGGUCCCCGGCUCUGUCCUGGGUGUGGGGUCUGGGGUCUCUUCGAUGGUUUCUGCUCUGUUCAUCCUCCCUGGACCCUGGCCAGGACAGCGCACUGAUACUUGAAUUUUUGGCCAAUUUCACUGUCGUUUGUGUUCCCUGACCGUAGCGUGGGGGGAGCCGGACAGGGCGGGACGGGCCUGGAAGCCGGAGGUCCCUUGGAUGUGCACUUGGGUUUUCAGCAGGAGCCCUGUUUGGACUGGGGCUCCUCAGCGGCAUCCCCUCCCCCGCCGCAUCUCCCCUCCCCCUCACUGGACUCUCUUCCCCCAAAUAAUUGAGAGACAAGCACCAGCUUGGGGUCGGAGAUGGUCAGAGGUGGCCGCGGGCCAUCUGUAUAAACCAGGAAUCAGGCAGAGCCUCAGGCGGCCCCCCCACUGCUGGGGAGGUCUCGGGUUAGCAGGGAGCAAGACCCCUCAGGUCAAAGGGCUCUUUCCCCAGGCGGACCAAGCGAAGCCAGAGAAACCAAAAAACGAAGGGAGGCGUUGGCUCCCCCUGCCGGCUCCGUCAGGAAUGACAGCAGCACCCACACCUCUCACCUCCCCCACUUUGCAUUCCUGUGGGGGAGGGGGGGGUCAAAUACUUAACCCGGUUGCUGCAGGCGAAGGCAAACAACAGUUCUCAGGAAAGAAGUUUUAUUUCCAAACCCCCAGGAAGGCAUUACAAAUAAUGGGGCUAGAAACCUAAAUCAAACCCCCGACCAAAGGGGGGGGGGCGGGGGCCCACUGGACGGUGGGGCUGAUGGCAGUCGGCCAGCGGGCGAAGGCAGGUGGUGCGGUCUAGCGGGGCCAGGCCGCAGCCUGAGCCUGAUAUUAGUGUGGCUAGUCCAGGGAAAGGGAGUUGGGAACCUGCGAGCCUCCCCCACCAACCCCAAGCCUGGAGGAAGAGGCCGCAGCAGCACUUGAGGGCGAGGACAUCCCUGCUCUGACCUUGGCAUCUGGUGCCCACUCCAUCCCCAGCAGUUCACAAAUAAGUUACCCUGCGAGAGAGUCUCGAGAGUCUCAGGGCCGAGCUGGGGAGCAAGCAAAGUAGCUGCAGCUGCUGUAGAAAGAGGCCGAGGCCGGGGCUGGCCGGCUAUAGGAGGACACAGUCGGACUCCUGCUUGGGCUUCUGCCGACGCUCCCCCGCUGGGCGUCCAGCUGCCGCUCCUCUCCCCUGGAGGGAUUUAACAAUCGGUCAUCCAUUAAUCCCAGAAGGGCAACCUUGGGGAUUCUGGAGGGAGGGCGCGAGGGGAGAGAGGCCAGACAGGGACAGACAGGAGCAGGACCCCAGGAAGCCCUGGCCAGCCAGCUGCAGGAAGGACAAGUGUCCGAGCAGG